AACUUGUCUUUGCUGGUCGUCAGCGGAAAGCUCCACCCCAAUGUUUACAUGACGUCAUCCAACCACUUCCGGCAUUCAGAACAUGGACGACUGCUUGUACACUUUAGGGUUUCAAGCGCAUCAAUAUGGAGGUGAUUCAGCGCUCUGCGGACGAACUCCAAACAGCUUUGGUUUCCAAGCGUCAGGACCUGGUUAAACUUUAUAGCAAGUACACAAAUGAGGAAAAGCGCUUCCUCGAAGAAGGACUCCACCCAGGGCCGUCUCACAUUUUCCAAGCCAUCACAGUGCUUUCUGACUCAGACUGGAUUCCUGCUCAUCCAGAAAAGUCUCAGGACUUUGAGAGCUUCUACAGAGACCCCAACCGCAUGACUCCCAAUGCAAACCACAAUACUAUUUAUAUUCAACCUAUAGGUUCCAUUGGGGUGGCAGGGUUCCAGACAGACCAGUAUGUGGAGUGGCUCAGAGGGUACUGCCAGGCUUUCUUCUAUGGGCUUUCUGUAAAGUUGCUGCCCACAGUUUCUGUGGCUGACACAGGAUGCGCUUUCAGAGUUAACAGUAACUCACACAAUCUUCAGAUCCUCACUGGUGACCUGCUACAGUUUCUGGGCAAACAGAAACCAGAAGAUGCUUUUUGUAUUGUUGGAAUAACAAUGAUUGACCUAUAUCCUAAAGACUCUUGGAACUUUGUGUUUGGACAGGCCUCCCUCAAUAGGGGAAUUGGCGUUUUCAGCUUUGCAAGAUAUGAUGACAAUUUCUACUCCAGAAACUACGCUGGGAGGCUACAGACACAGCUUCAGCCAAAGCCAGGGCACUAUUCUGUCUUUGACGGAUAUUACACUCCACCCAUCACCAGCACUCUGCUUCUACGAUCCUGCAAGAAACUGGAAACGUACAAUUGCUGUUUGCAGACGAUGACCCAUGAGAUUGGCCAUAUGUUUGGAAUAAAGCAUUGCCAGUGGUUGAGCUGUGUCAUGCAGGGCUCCAACCAUCUCGAGGAGUCUGAUCGCAGGCCCCUGGAUUUUUGUCCCAUCUGCCUUCGCAAGCUACAGGUUUCAAUCAACUUCAAAAUAGCUGAAAGAUACAAGGCCUUACUUCACUGGAUGGAGGAGGAUCAGAGCCCAGCUGCUGCUUGUUCUUCUGUUCCUAAACCCACUGAAGCCUUCCAGACAUCCAAACUGUGGCUUUAUCGGUGCUUGGACGUACUGCUCAAGCAAAACGGAUAACAUCCUGGACGUCGCUUGUGGCCCCCAUCUGGUUGUGGUCCAAGUCACCAUUGACUUUCAAGGAGUCCUGAAUAUUGUCCGUUCCUUUGUGCGGCUCCAGUACUGGGCUCUGUUCUCCACAGUCCUUGUUCAUUUCAUGUUGGUCUGGAUCCUCUGGGUGUUCUGAGUUUGUCUUAUUACAGAGUAACCAUCUCUUUGCAGGUUUUACCAAACCCAGGAAUAUCGCACUCAGUGCCAUGCCGGCUGCGAAGGAGUAGAAGGCUGAGCCGUAAUUUUUUGUCACGUCCACAAUCACACCUGGAGAUAGAGCAAAAUUCAAAGGAAGCGUUAAUUAGGGAUCAGGGUACAGAAGUGACUGUGAUUACACUGUGAAUCACAUUUGAGAAGAGUCAUCAAAUAUUUUGUGUUUUACUUAAAAAUUUUUUUGAGUAAUGAUCUAAUAAUCAAAGUUACAUCUUAAUCAGAUCAGACCCUGGUAUAGGUCAUGCUGUACAUUAAUUUUGAUUCAUAUCUAAACUAACUGUUAAUGUUUAACAUUAUGUACAGUAGUAUGGUCCUACAUCAGUGAAGCAGUCAUAUUUCUUUCUAAAACGUCAUGCCAGAUACCAGUCUAACCUCCGAGUGGGGGUCCAGCGAGCCCGGCGAAACUUUGUAUAAACACGUAGACGCCAGCGGCUGGAGACAUCCUCUCUAUGCCCACCACAUCAUCCUCAGCCAGCAUGGGGAUGUGAGUGCAUGCCACAGUUCCCAUAAAGAAGCCAUACACCGCGCAGCACACAGCCAGGCCGCAGACCUCCGUAGCCAGAGUAAAUCCCACCAGGUCAACAGUCAGUGCAAUGAUGCAUGCCAGAAGAACAAAAAGCUUCUUAUCGGCCAACUGCUUCCAUGUCAGCACCCACCCGAUGGUGAAGCGGCCCACGAUUUCAGCCACAGCCAUGGUGGAGAGCAUGUAGGUGGCACGCUCCACACCUCGACUCGCGCUCAGCUCAAUGACGUACAGCUGAGGCGCGAAGAAACCGAGCGUGGCAAAAAGUCCAAACAGAGAGUAGAAAAUAAAGCUGGGCUCCCUGAGAACGGAGAAA